AUGCUCGCAAGGCUUGGCGCACUGAGACGACAGAUGACGAGCCUGACGAGUGCCACAAAUCCCUACGCAAAGGAGACGGCAGUCGCCAUCUCUGCAGUACUCAAGGCCUCCCUCGUCGCCGACAGAGUCUUUCAAAAGCUCGUCUCUACAGACUCGGUGACGAAAGAUGACAAGUCUCCCGUGACGGUGGGCGACUACACCGCCCAAGCACUCGUCUCGACACUGCUCCAUCAUCAUUUCCCGUCGUACGGGAUCGUCGGCGAAGAGGACAGCAAGGAUCUCAAGACAGUCCAACAGAAAGUCUUGUCAGACAAGAUUGUCCACUUUGCCAACUGGGCACUCGACUCUCAAGCUGGCACAGACCAAGAUCACUCGUACUGGUCUCCUAUCGGCAAGGAACAGAGGACCGAGACGGAAUGGCACGAAGCCAUCGACAGAGGGAAUGCAGAAUCGGCUGCAACAGGGAGAACUUGGGCGCUCGAUCCUAUCGAUGGGACAAAAGGCUUCCUGAGAAAGGGGCAGUAUGCUGUCUGUCUUGCUCUCAUCCAAGACGGCGAACCCGUCCUUGGCGUGACGGGAUGUCCCAACCUGCCUAUCGACUUUGAAGACAAUACUUCUAGCAAAGGCACACUGUUUGUCGCCGUCAAGGGUCAAGGCGCCUAUCAGCGCUCAUUUGACAAUGAGCAGUUGACGCCAAUCCACUUUGCGCCUAUCGGUUCACUCGCGGACGCAUCUUUCUGCGAGUCUGUCGAAGCCGGUCACUCUGAUCAAUCGACGAAUGCGAGGAUAGCUUCGCUCCUCGGUAUCACGAAGCAACCUACUCGCAUGGAUUCUCAAGCAAAGUACUGUUCGAUCUCGCGCGGCGAUGGCGAUAUCUAUCUGCGUCUGCCCGUCAAAGCAGGCUACCAAGAGAAGAUCUGGGAUCAUGCGAGCGGGACUGUACUUGUGGGAGAAGCCGGCGGGAUCGUGACGGACAUGCACGGCAAGAAGCUCGACUUUGGGCAGGGAAGGACAUUGAAAGCCAACCAAGGCGUCGUUGCUGCUAACAAAGAUGUACAUGCCAAGGUGCUCCGAGCUGUGCAGCAGGCCUUGGCAGACAAGUAA